AUGUCAAACACUACACCUGAUCAUGAUCAUAAAUGUCUACCAAAAACUGAUCGUGAUCAUCACCAAGAUCAUCAUGAUGAUCAUGUACCACUUGAUCAUGAAUUAGAAGCUUCGAAGCCGAAACUUGAGCAGCUAUCAGUAUUAUCAACAGAUCGUGAAGAGCAGAAAUUAGAGUACUACGACGACUGCAAAACGCCAACUUCUGAGGAUCAGAAGAUUCCCACAACUCAAAGCUGUCCACCAACGCCAAGAAAGCCGGCUUCUGAUCGAGUAUUUCUUCGGAAGAGGAAGUUUUCGGAGUUCCACUUCUUCGAAUCCACCGGCCGCGAAGAGGUAGAGUCCUUCUUCCGAUCAACCUUCAAAUUUUCAGGGCUUAAGAAGAGAUGUAAGAGUGUUUGA